AUGGAAUGGCAACCACAGGAAGAGCCAUUGAGGCAGCUCGCCAGCUAUCUCAGGGACUCUCUGAAUGCAUAUGAUCGAAAUCUUCAGAAACAGGCAGAACUGAUGCUCACUAGAGCCACAGCGAGCCCCGAUUUCGUAAACUACUUGACGUUUAUAUUCUGCACUGAAGUCCCUCCACAGGCCGUCGCCAUGGACCAGGACACCUACAACAUUGUCCGAUUUUCCGCGGCUCUCAACCUCAAGAGCAAGAUCCAUAUAGCCUACAACGGAAUUCCACCGGAGAGCUUAGUAUUUGUUCGCCGAGCGACUUUAUUAGGAUUGCGAGACUCCAACUCGCAGAUUCGUUCUUCGGCCGGUAGUAUAAUAACGGAACUGAUUCAAAAAGGUGGAUUGCUUGCUUGGCCCGAAGUGCUGCAGGAAUUGUUGGGACUCGUUGCGAACGCAUCCGGUGACGUGACGCAGCAGACCCAAGAAGCCGCCAUGUCCGCUGUCGCAAAAGUCUGUGAAGACAACCGCAAAAUCUUGGACAAGGAUUACGGCGGUCAAAGGCCGCUGGAGGUUAUCAUUCCUCGUUUGUUGGAGUUCACUGGCAGUGACAGUUCCAUCAUUCGAUCAGCUGCGCUCAGCACAAUUCAAAUCUUCCUUUCAAUGAAACCCCAAGCUUUGAUCGCCAAUUUCGAUACGUUUAUGUCCAACCUUUUCCGUCUUGCUAGUGAUCCAUCAACCGACGUUCGUCGAACCGUUUGUCAAGCAUUUGGCCAGUUGGCAGAGAUUGCGCCCGAGCAACUUAUUCCUCAUAUGGCUGGUUUGGUGGAUUACAUCAUUCUGCAACAGAACAACAAUGAAGACCCUGAACUUGCCCUUGAUGCAGCUGAGUUUUGGCUCACGGCUGGAGAGCAGCCGAUCCUGCAGCAAUCCCUUGGACCGUACCUCCCAAAGAUUGUGCCUUUGUUGCUGCGCAGUAUGAUAUAUGAUGAGGAUGAAGUGGAGCGUUUGGCUUCCGAAAAUGAUGAUGCGGAGGAAGAGGACCGCGCUGAAGACUUGAAACCUCGAUUCGCAAAGGCCAAGGGUUCCAGAUUAGAAGGGUCUACAGACCAAAGUGGCAAGCCGGAGCUUGUCGAAGAGCGGGAAGAUGGAGAGUUGAGCGAGGAGGAGUCUGAGUAUGAUGAUGGCGAUCCUGAAGAUGCGUGGACAUUGAGGAAAUGCUCGGCUGCCGCUUUGGAUAUCUUUUCGAACGUUUACCAUUCACCUGUCUUCGACCUUAUUCUUCCCUACCUCAAGGAAACUCUUCGACAUGAACAGUGGCCGAACCGUGAGGCCGCUGUUCUGACCCUUGGUGCCGUUGCCGAUGGAUGCAUGGACGCUGUCACUCCUCACUUGCCAGAGUUGAUUCCCUACCUCAUUUCAUUGCUAAACGACCCGGAACCCGUGGUCCGAAAAAUUACUUGUUGGUGUCUGGGUAGAUACUCUGAGUGGGCUGCCCAUCUUGAAGGCCCCAACCAAUCUGCACAGUUCUUCGAGCCUAUGAUGGAAGGUAUCCUACACCGCAUGCUUGACAACAAUAAGAAAGUUCAGGAGGCUGCUGCAUCGGCAUUUGCCAGUCUCGAAGAAAAGUCCGAUGCUAGCUUGAUUCCAUACUGUGAACCGAUUUUGCGACAAUUCGUCGAAUGUUUCAAAAAGUAUAAAGACCGCAACAUGUACAUCCUGUACGACUGCGUUCAGACAUUGGCAGACUGUGUCAUGGGAGAAUUGGCCAAACCUCAACUCGUUAAUCUUUUGAUGCCGGCAUUGCUUGAUCGAUACAAUAGGAUGAGCGACCAGUCGCAGGAGCUUUUCCCGCUACUCGAAUGCCUUGGCUACAUUGCUGCUGCUUAUGGCGAUGUCUUUACCCAGUUUGCAGCUCCUAUCUUCCAGCGAUGUUCUAGAAUCGUGUACGACAAUAUCCAGCAAUCCGUUCAAGCGGCGCAAGAUCCUUCUAUUGAAGAGCCGGAUAAGGAUUUCCUCAUCACUAGCCUGGACUUGAUGAGCUCUAUCAUUCAAGCCAUUCCAUCUGACGAGAUCAGCCAAUUGGUUUCAAACUCCCAGCCAAAAUUCUUUGACCUUCUGUGUUAUUGCAUGAACGACUCCAACAAUGAGGUGCGCCAGUCAUCUUAUGCUUUGCUCGGCGACUGCGCGAUCCACAUUUUCGAUCAAUUGCAACCUUAUAUCCCGACUAUCAUGCCUGACCUAAUUAAGCAACUUGACCUCGAGACUCUUGUAGAUGAGACGGCUUUCAGUGUGGUUAACAAUGCUUGCUGGUCGUUGGGUGAGAUUGCUUUGGACGAGAAGGCUGAUUUGGGACCUUGGCUGGAGAAAUUAUACCCAGCAUUGCUCGCUAUUAUCUCCAAUGAGAUGGUCAUUGAUUCAGUGAAUGAGAAUGCUGCCGUAGCUCUAGGCCGGUUGGGUAUCAGUAAAUCGGAGUUGCUUGGUCCUCAUCUGCAACAAUUUGCUGAGGAAUUCAUCAAGUCGAUGGCCAAAGUCGACUUUUCACGAGAAAAGGCUACUGCAUUCCUUGGGUUCAACCGCGUCGUCAUGCACAAUCCACAAGCAAUGGAGAGUUGCCUCGGCCAAUAUUUUACCAGCAUAUCCACUUUCCCUCAAAAGUCUCUAGUUCAGGAAGAGUACCGAGACCUACACCAAUCUUUCCAACAGGUACUCAAAGGCUAUCGAGAUAUGAUUCCCGGCUUUGACUCAUUCCUUUCACAGCUACCUACUCAGGUAACGCAAAGACUCAAGUCGAUCUACCAAAUCUAG